CGCCAGGCAAUGCCGUUGGGGACUCCGAUGAAGGUGGCAGUGUACGUCGAGCGCAGGCUCAUGACGCCCUAGCAGGUCUUCCCCAUCAGCAUGAUCCCUUCGGCCUCGGUGGUCGCAAUGGGACGCGGGCAAGAGCAGGGCAUUUCAGAAAGGACAGCGACGGCAUGCCUUUUCUUUGAUCCCCUUCUCGUCGCGUUGCUGCUGGCCAGUGCGCGACCUCAUCAUACGCCUGCGAGCAAUCAACUGCCGAUGCGCGACCUACGGCUCCGUUUUCUCUUAUGUGUGUGCGCGGGCGUGCCUGAAGAUGGCUAACCGUGCCGCUCUUCACGAAUCAUCACCCGUCGCCUCGUCGCGCUCUGAUUGCUUCGGCCUCUCUCUUCUCUCUCUCAUCACAUCGACCCAGCCGCAUCGAGGUAGCCCGCAACUAUCACGACUCUCGUGCAAGCUCACCCAUACCGCCUACGUACACGCGCACGCACACAACCCCUUCGCCAUGCCGCGAGGCAAGAAGAGCACCAUGGGCGCCACCACUUCCUCCCCCUUGAGCGUCGCUACCGAUACUGAUGCUGCUGAUGCUGCGGCCGCAGGUGUUGCCAGCAGCGAAGUCGGAGAGGAGCCUGAGGUCACGCCUUGCCCUCCUGCAAGGAAGCGCAAGGGACCUGUCAAGGAAGAGAGAAAUGCGCAGUCCUACGAUAGCGACGACGAUGACGCCAACGGGCAGCACGAAGAGGAUUACCGCGAGGCAAGGCAGAGCCUCGAAGAGGCGGGACCCACCAGCAGCAAGAGUAAGCGCGCCGCCACGACUAGGUGGCACAGCACCAAGCGGCUUAAAGGUGGCCCCUCGUCGGCAGCAGCCGGACCCAGCAUUGUCAUGCGUGGACGAGCAAAUAGUGUAACAGGCAGCGCGCACUCUGUUGAUCUCGAAGAAGCCUCGGCCUCUUCUUCUGCCUCUUCCAACCUCGGCAGGGGUAAGCGCACCAUUCGCGUCACGCCCAAGGCAGCAGCUGCCGCUCCUGCUGCUGCCGCUGGACGUCAGAGGGUCAAGGCCAAGAUUGAAGCCUCGUCGAAGAAAAGUGUGGUGGGUAAGGGCGGUGCGACGUGGUCUGCUGCUGAAGAUGCAAUCAUCUUGGAGGAUAUGGUUCGCAACUACAAGCCUGACUGGUCUGCGCUUGUCAGUCAGAUAGAACAAAUCGAGGGAGGCAAGGUUCGCACCAGAAAGGCUGCUGUAGGGCACUGGGAGCAGACGCUCAAGAAAAAGAUCCUCGACCUGGGCAAGCCUGGAAAGUAGUGCAAUGGUUGAAUUAUAGGGAGCAAGAGCAAGUAAGCAAGUAAGGUCGAAGGAAGCAAGGAGGAGAUCGGAC